AUGGAGAUACUCAGCAGGAUCGGUAGUGUGCUCGGGAACCCAAUAUAUUCGGAUGAAUGUACGACAAGGGUGGAUAAAAUCUCAUUUGCUAGAGUCCUAAAUGAAAUGGAUAUAACAGUACCCUUGCCUCUAGUAAUAAAAGUGCAAGAUACAGCAAUGAGGAAUUUUGAACAAGAGGUUUGGUAUGACUGGGUGCCGGAGUACUGUGAAGAAUGCCUACAACUUGGACAUGAUUAUGCACUAAGAUAUGAGAAAACUGUUCAUGAGCCUAAGGCCAAGCAGAAAACACAAAAAGUACCUGAGCCAGAGGAUAAGCAGCACGCACAACAUGUGAAAAAGAUUCCAAAUAAAUAUCCGGUGAUGGAAUGGAAGGCAAAGCCAGACAAUGCACUUAUUAUACUAGAGGAUAAAGGGGAAAAACAGCAGGACGGUGUAAAAAAAAGGAGAUUCAAUUUCUACGAGCUCAGUGCAAACAUCACAACUACAAGGGGAUACAUGGCAUAA